AAUCUGUGUCAGUUUCCCCUGACGUCAGCGGGCGGGCCGGCCGCCCUGCUGUUUACCGCCUCGCUGCCCCGCACAGUCCCGGGAGUUGGGAGACCCGGGGCCGCCGCGGCCGCCCGCCCUUAAAGGGCCCGCGCCCCCAGGAAACGCGCCGCGCCGCGCGGCGUCGGGUCGCUGCCACCUAUCACUCUCCUCACCCUCAGACCCUCCUCCCUUCCCGGCCGCCCCCGCUGCCGGCUUCCGUCCCUCCCUUCCCUUUCCCCGGCGUCUCCAAGCUCCCAGCAACCAGCCGCCCCCUGGCUCUUACGGCCCCGGCCGGCGGCCGCGGGGUCUCCCGGCCGCGCUCUGCCCCUCGCAAGCUGGCCCGUACCCCACAUCCUCCCCUCCCUCUCCCGCCGCCCCUCCCCGCCAGGCCCCCUAGGAGCGUCUCUGCGGCUCCCGGGAGGGGACGUUUCCUGAUCUCAGGCCGGGGUUAAAGUUCUGGUCCUGGUGAGAUGCUGGAAGCUGCGGCCAGAGCCGCAACCCGUCCCAGAGGUGUCCUGUCGCCUGUCACCGUCCCCGCCACCACCGCUGCCGCCGCCACUGCCGCCUUGCCGGGGCCAUGUUCUCUCUGGGCUUGCCCUUCUUGGCGCUCUUGGUGGCCUCGGUCGAGAGCCAUCUGGGGGUUCUGGGGCCCAAGAACGUCUCGCAGAAAGACGCCGAGUUUGAGCGCACCUACAUGGAUGAGGUCAACAGCGAGCUGGUCAACAUCUACACCUUCAACCACACUGUGACCCGAAACCGGACAGAAGGUGUGCGUGUGUCUGUGAAUGUCCUGAACAAGCAGAAGGGGGCUCCUUUGCUGUUUGUGGUCCGCCAGAAGGAAGCUGUGGUGUCCUUCCAGGUGCCCCUAAUCCUGCGAGGGCUGUAUCAGCGGAAGUACCUCUACCAAAAGGUGGAGCGAACGCUGUGCCAGCCUCCCACCAAGAACGAGUCUGAGGUCCAGUUCUUCUACGUGGAUGUGUCCACCCUGUCACUGGUCAACACCACCUACCAGCUCCGGGUCAGCCGGAUGGACGACUUUGUGCUCAGGACUGGGGAGCAGUUUAGCUUCAAUACCACAGCAGCCCAGCCCCAGUACUUCAAGUAUGAGUUCCCGGAGGGAGUGGACUCGGUGAUUGUCAAGGUGACCUCCAACAAGGCCUUCCCCUGCUCAGUCAUCUCCAUCCAGGAUGUCCUGUGCCCUGUCUAUGACCUAGACAACAACGUAGCCUUCAUCGGCAUGUACCAGACUAUGACCAAGAAGGCUGCCAUCACUGUGCAGCGCAAAGACUUCCCCAGCAAUAGCUUUUACGUGGUGGUGGUGGUGAAGACCGAAGACCAGGCCUGUGGGGGCUCCUUGCCUUUCUACCCCUUUGUAGAAGAUGAACCGGUUGAUCAAGGGCACCGCCAGAAAACCCUGUCCGUGGUGGUAUCUCGAGCAGUCACGUCUGAGGCCUAUGUUGGCGGUAUGCUCUUUUGCCUGGGCAUAUUUCUCUCCUUCUAUCUGUUGACUAUCCUCUUGGCCUGUUGGGAGAAUUGGAGGCAGAGGAAGAAGACGCUUCUGGUGGCCAUGGACCGAGCCUGCCCAGAAAGCGGUCACCCUCGGGUGCUCGCCGACUCCUUCCCUGGCAGCUCCCCAUAUGAGGGCUACAACUAUGGCUCCUUCGAGAACAGCUCCGGGUCCACAGAUGGCCUGGUCGAUAGCACGGGCACGGGAGACCUCUCCUACGGUUACCAGGAUCGCUCCCUAGACCCUGUGGGCACUCGGCCUCGCCUGGACUCCAUGAGCUCUGUGGAGGAGGAUGACUACGACACAUUGACUGACAUCGAUUCGGACAAGAAUGUCAUUCGCACCAAGCAAUACCUCUACGUGGCCGACCUGGCACGCAAGGACAAACGUGUCCUUCGGAAAAAGUACCAGAUCUACUUCUGGAACAUUGCCACCAUCGCUGUCUUCUAUGCACUUCCUGUGGUGCAGCUGGUGAUCACGUACCAGACGGUGGUGAAUGUCACCGGGAAUCAGGACAUCUGCUACUACAACUUCCUCUGUGCCCACCCGCUGGGCAACCUCAGCGCCUUCAACAACAUCCUGAGCAACCUGGGGUACAUCCUGCUGGGGCUUCUCUUCCUGCUCAUCAUCCUGCAGCGGGAGAUCAACCACAACCGGGCCCUGUUGCGCAACGACCUCCACGCCCUGGAAUGUGGGAUCCCAAAACACUUCGGCCUGUUCUAUGCCAUGGGCACAGCACUGAUGAUGGAGGGGCUGCUCAGUGCCUGCUAUCAUGUCUGCCCCAACUACACCAACUUCCAGUUUGACACAUCGUUCAUGUACAUGAUUGCCGGCCUGUGCAUGCUGAAGCUCUACCAGAAGCGGCACCCGGACAUCAACGCGAGUGCCUACAGCGCCUACGCCUGCCUGGCCGUGGUCAUCUUCCUCUCCGUGCUGGGCGUGGUGUUCGGCAAAGGGAACACGGCGUUCUGGGUUGUCUUCUCAGUCAUCCACAUCAUCGCCACCCUGCUCCUCAGCACCCAGCUGUAUUACAUGGGCCGCUGGAAGCUGGACUCGGGGAUCUGCCGCCGCAUCCUCCACGUGCUCUACACAGACUGCAUCCGGCAGUGCAGCGGGCCCCUCUACGUGGACCGCAUGGUGCUGCUGGUUAUGGGCAACAUUAUCAACUGGUCACUAGCUGCCUAUGGGCUCAUCAUGCGCCCCAAUGAUUUUGCCUCCUACUUGUUGGCCAUUGGCAUCUGCAACCUGCUUCUGUACUUCGCCUUCUACAUUAUUAUGAAGCUCCGCAGUGGGGAACGGAUCAAGCUCAUCCCCCUGCUCUGCAUUGUCUGCACCUCCGUGGUGUGGGGCUUUGCACUCUUCUUCUUCUUCCAGGGACUCAGCACCUGGCAGAAAACGCCCGCGGAAUCACGGGAGCACAACCGCGACUGCAUCCUCCUGGACUUCUUCGAUGACCACGACAUCUGGCACUUCCUGUCCUCCAUUGCCAUGUUUGGGUCAUUCCUGGUGUUGCUGACGCUGGACGAUGACCUGGACACCGUGCAGCGGGACAAGAUCUACGUCUUCUAGCAGGAGCCAGGCCCCUUGCUUUCCUCACGGGGGCCCCCCGAGCUUCUCUGCCUCAGGGCCCGGAGCCUCUGUAGCUCUGGGGGUGUGAGUCCCCGCCCUGCGGCCCAGUGUGGGUGGUGGCGGGACAGCCAGGUCUAGCCCACGCUUGGCCUGGGACAGUCGUGGCAGGGGCCAUGAGCCCUGCAUCUGCCCUCUGCCAGGGAGGAGGCCCGUUCCCCUAAAGCCCCAGAUGUUGGCCACUGGCUUCUGCUUCUCAGUGUUGAGGGCCUCUCACGGGCCCUGUCCGUUGGCUCUCCCAUCUGUCCCUCUGCAGGAGGAAGGAGGGAAGUGGUGUUGCCCUGCCCAUCUCAUCUCUUCUGCCCGUCCUUCCCUUCCCCAGGAGCCUGCGACCCCAAGCCCUUUCUUCCUUCUUCCCAAGCUCCAAUCCAGGGCCUGGUUGGGCCUGAUUCUCUGUCCUGCGCCAGGGCCCCACUGCCUUUGGGGCUGUCCCUGACUGCCAUCACUGCCCGUUCCAGUCGGGAUGAACGGGGGUGUAGGAUUUUGGAGGCUGGCCAGGUGGUGCCAGGCUUUUGGUGCUAAGGCCUAAGAGGGGCUGCAGGCAGUGCAGCCUCCCCGCUCUGACCUGUGCUUGGGACUGGCUCUGUAGUAGUAAGGGUCAGUCCACGUGAGAGUCGCCUUGAUCUGAGGGGCUGAAUUCAGAGGUCACCUUCCUAUCCCGUCGGCCCCCAGACUGAUGUUGGCACCAGGAUUGGAGGGAGAGAUCAAUUCCCCCCUUCCCUUCCUUUUUCUUUCCAACCCUCCGUCCUGCCAAGCCCCAGUUGGGGGCCUUCCAGUGCCAUUGACACUGCCCAAGAAUGUCCAGGGGCAAAGGAGGGGUAUAUGAGGCGCCCAGCCUCUCCUGCCUCCUCACAGCCGUGGGAGCCCCAGUGCCUAUCUUAGAAGGAGGCUCAGGAAGGGACACGACACUCCCCUCCGUGUCCCUGGUCCAGCCUCACUCUAGGACCCAGGGCUGGCUUCUGUGUUUCCGUCCUGUCUUCGGCCAAGUUUUGUGUUAGUCACACACACGUAUAUGUAGGAAACUCUGGAGUUUACACUGAGUUGCCCCAGCUCUGGGCCCCUAGCUGCUCUGGUACUUCGAUCCCCAUCACCCUACCUGGUCCGUUCCAGAUGCCAAGACUGGGGGAGGCCAGGUCGGGCCUCUGCCUCGGGGAUGGGAGUGUGUUUUAUUCUGCCCAACUUGUUUUUAUAGCUCUCCCUGGGGCUGGGGAGAGGAGGUGGAUCUGGAUCUUUUUUCAGAACUCCGUUUAAUGUUUCCAGGCUGUGGUUGCAUUUCUGUUUUCUAUGAAUGAGUCUGCAUUCAAUUAAAGAAACAGCCAGACGCGGUUCUCGGGCCCCUGUUUGCUCCCCCGUUCUGGGUGGAGGUGUUGAGAAGCAAGGGUGGGACAGAGGCCCUCCAUUUCCC